AUGUCCCUUCGAUCGCUUCUACAUAAAUCUCAGCCAGAACAACAGUUUCUGCUCUUUCAGUCAUCGAGCAGUCAAUCAGCUCUCCCAAUUCUCAGAUCGUUGCUAGCGGUGAAAUCGCAGACAUCAACGUUACUGUUUUGCCUGCUGUAUCCCCCUUCUGAUCUCGUCGAAGGUGCUCGCGAAGAUGUGCAAGUGCACGAUUGUUUGGAUUGUGUACCAGGAUACUCUACAGAUGAUGUAGAUGUACGGACAACCAUCAUCGCUGCCAUUGAGAAAGCUCCUGCAGGAGCUUUGAGUAUUGUCAUAGACUCAGUAGACACUCUCACCUCCGACUUCGGGUCUGAUGCAGAGACAAUCAAAUUCCUCCGUGAAUUGGCCUCCAUCGUUGCAUCCUGGCCAAGUCCAUCUCGCCUCAUCAUCCAUACCAUCACCCCGCAACCCAUCCUCGUCCAAUCCUCCUUUUCCCCGUCCUUGACUCAUAUUACAGUCUAUCCACCCGUCCUCCUAACCCACCUUGCAACGGAAUACUUAACGCCACCUCCCCCCCUCUCUCCAGAGCCCAAAUUCUGGGGCGUGUUUCUUCCCUUCAGCGAACGAGCCUCCGAAACGGAUCGCUUAGUCUAUGGUCCGGAAGGACGGGGCUCCGGUAGCCAGGAGGAAAUGAUAGUCCAGAUUCUAGUGCGGUAUGGGGGAAAGAGUACGUCUCGACGGCGCAGCGUGGAACGGUUUCUUGAAGGAUGGAGUAUGGUGCACAAUAUAUAUGUCGAGCUGAGCGAACUCAGCAGCCUGAAGAAGAUCUACGCAGCCAAGAAGACCUCUGCGCCCGAUCCGACUCAAAAUGUGUCUUUCAACUUGAACCUCACUCCUUCGCAGCAGCAAUCCCGGGCGCAGGUGCCUCUCCCGUAUGCGCACGAAAGCAAACCCGAUCCCAUCCAAGGCGCUGCAAUUUUCUAUGACCCGGACUCCGCGGACGACAUUGACGACGACGAUCCCGACGAGGAUCUAGAUAUUUAA